AUGGACAUGGCUGUACAACAGCUCACGGAGCUGCCCCCCGUGACCAUGACAUUUAUUGGAGGAGUGUUCACUCUGGGUCUGCUGCAAUUUUUGGGCUUUGCGUCCGAGAUCCACUACAUCUUUCUGUGGAAAGGCAUUGUGCAACGCCACGAGUACUGGCGGUUUGUCACGCCGUUUUUCUAUUUUGGAAAGCUCAAUAUCGACCUGGCCCUCAGAGCCUACUUUCUCUCCCGCCACCCUAGAAUGCUCGAGGAGGGUUGCUACCGACACAACGUGGCCGAGUAUGCGUGGAUCAUGCUCUUUGCCGCCGCCAACCUGCUGCUCAUAGCUGUUGCAUUUCCCAAGAUCUCGCCUCCGUUCUUGGGAUCCUCUCUCCUGUCAGCCAUCACAUACCUCUGGGCUCGACGAAACGAAGGCGUUCGAGUCUCGCUGCUCGGAGUUUUCACCUUCACGGCACCCUACUUGCCAUGGGUCACUCUGGCCAUGUCAUAUAUUGCCAACGAUGAGGGUCCUGGACGAGACCACCGAGGCCGGCCCAUCAAGGUGUCUCACCAUGACGAGAUGCAUCAGGAGCCUGGACUCAGUGGACGAGACAAGACCCUCAUCUUUGAGCUCAUCGGUAUGUUCAUCGGUCAUGUCAUCUUCUUCCUCGAAGAUGUGUACCCCAAGUUUUCAGGCGGAUCUAGACCGUUGGCUCCCCCGUGGGUCUACGUCCAAAGAUGGCUUGAUAACAGCCGCGAACAGACUGAAGACGUCUACGUGGAAGAGCACAACACCGACUAUGCUGCUCCCGCUCCUACACAACGUCUGACCGACUCUGUUUCCCACUCGGAAACACCCCAAGCAGGCACGAGCACCUCAGCUCAACCGACACAUAGAGAGGGUCUUGUUAAUCGGCUUGGAGAUGGUUCCUAA